AUGAGUUCAUUCGUUUGGCGGUCGCUCACAGUGGUAGGAGUGUUAGCCUUGCUUCAUUCAUUGCUCUCGGCAGCUCAAAUACAAUCGGCUCAAGAAGGAUCGUUACCUUUUGAUAUUAUUGUGGAAUGUUUGUUUGGAGCAUUAUUGAGUAGCUUUGCUUUUGUGAAAUUGAAUACUAUUGUUCAAUACGAUAGCGAUGGAAUUACAGUAUCGAAAUCAAGUCCUCAACCAGGAUUAAUUGUGGAUGGAUGGAAAAAUAUUGACGCUUCCAAGGCAAUUGCUUCUUCUAAAAUUACUGUGGAAAGUAUUAACAAUAGAUCAAAUUUCGCACAUUUUAAUCAUAGAGCCAAGUUUUUAUAUAACGACUCAGCAUCUGCCAGUAAAUAA